CUAGCAAUCGUAAUAGUUCUUUUGGUUAUGGCAUUUCUGCACCAUUUUGUGACGAGUUAUUCUCCCUGUCGUCGUCUUAUUAGUGGUAAACUAAUAUGCAAUCGAAGCUUGUGGAACAAACUGGAAACAUUUCGUGGCACCUUCCUGGAAACUACAGCUUUCACCGGGAAAGGUGUAACUGUUUUUUUGUCUCCUGAAAAAUGGGAAGGAAUACAGAGGAAAGGAAGCUCUCUCCAAUUUCGAGCUCUUUCUACGGAUUCGCCUAUUUCUGAAGAGGCAUUAGGUUUUGUUGAAGAAGCGGUUGAAAAGGAUUCUGUCGUCGUUUUUUCCAAGUCAUGGUGUCCGUACUGUGCCAAAGUCAAGGGACUGUUUCAAAGUCUUCAAGUUCCUUUCAAGACAUAUGACUUGGACAAGUUGAGUACUGGAGAACAAAUUCAGGCCGCACUAUUGAAGAAGACUGGUCAAAGAACAGUACCCAACGUGUUCAUUUUGAAGCAGCACGUUGGAGGUUGUAGUGAGACUCUUGAGCUGUUUGAAAACGGAACUCUCGCCAAACUCUUAGAAAAGGCGGAAAUUCAUAUAAACUAGUUUACUUGUUGUUGAAUAGCAACGUCGCAAUUCUUUUACCCUGCUGUUGUGAGUCUAGCCGAUAGUUAAAUUCGAUUUUUUAGAUGUUACAAAUUUUUUGGAAUAAAAAAUUACUUUCGACGUAUUGUUCUAAGAUGUAUGUAACAUUU